AUGCUGUUCAUAUAUACAUCAGUCUGUCCCUAUCUAUCUAUCUAUCUAUCUAUCUAUCUAUCUCAGACAAUUUCUUUCUUUUCUAUCUCAGUCACUUUAUCUAUCUAUCUAUCUAUCUAUCUAUCUAUCUAUCUGUGUGUCUAUCUAUCUCAGUCAAUUUCUUUCUUUUCUAUCUAUCUCAGUUACUUUAUCUAUCUAUCUAUCUAUCUCUGCUUGUUCGUUUUGUAUCUAUCCAUCUAUCUAUCUAUCUAUCUCAGUCUGUUCAUGUUUGUCUAUCUAUCCUUCUCACUCAAUUUCUUUUCUGUUUAUCUAUUUAUCUAUCUCAGUCAUUUUCUUUUCUAUCUAUCUCAGUCUGCUCGUAUCUAUCUAACUCACUUCAUCUAUCUAUCUAUCUAUCUAUCUAUCUAUCUAUCUAUCUAUCUGUCUGUCUGUCUGUCUUUCUGUCUGUCUAUCAUUCUAUAUCUCAUUCUAUUUAUCCGUCUACCUAUUUCUUUCCUUCUAUUUAUCUAUCUCUCUCUUUUAAUAUCACUUCAUUUUAACCACGAUGUAUCAUCUCUCUCACUCUGCACUAAUCUAUCUAUCUCUUUAUCUAUCUCAAUCUUUUCCUAUCUAUCUAUGUAUCUAUCUAUCUAUCUAUCUGUAUUUCAGUCAGUGUAUCUCCCCAGUCUGUUCAUUCCUAUCUAA